UUUGUAAAACAUUCUAUAGAUUUCCUCGUUGAUCUUAGUUGGGCCCUUCUCUUUCCAUGUUCCUAGUUUUCCCUGCCUUUUAAACCGUCUCUUUUCUUCGAAAACGGAGAGAAACACAGGCGGAAAGAUGGUGAAGGGAAGUGUUUUAUUCUCCGUGAUAUCGUGUUUGGUUAGUUUGUUCAUGAUCGAUGUUUCCGGCUUUGAUUCACCGGCGGGGAAGCUUUCUGCUGCGCAUUACCAUGACCGGAUGUUCCAAUUACAAGCGUUCAAGGCUUCUCUUGUUUCGGGUCCGGCGAUCUCCCCCUCUGCUUCGCCGCAGCAGGGAGCACCUGGUUCACGUGUGUAUCGUGUAACGGAUUACGGGGCGGAUCCGACGGGGAAAUCAGACAGCACGGAGGCGCUCAACAAGGCGAUCGCCGACGCAUUUAACGGCCCGAGUGAAGGGCUCUUGAUGGAGGGGAUCACUAAUCUUGGAGGGCCACGGAUUGAUCUCGAAGGCGGGAAUUACGUUCUCAGUAAACCACUGCGGUUACCGGCUCCGGGUGCAGGAAACCUUAUGAUCCAGGGAGGGACACUGCGAGCGUCGGAUGAUUUUCCGGUUGAUGGGUAUCUAAUUGAUUUGUCUGCAAGUUCAUCGGGCAGCACUACUCAAGAAGUUAAAGAAGGGAGCUCCUCGAAUCUGGAUGUGCAGCUUACCUCAUCAUCAUCAUCCUAUAACUACGAGUUCAUAACCCUCAAAGACUUAUUGUUGGAUUGUAAUUACAGGGGUGGUGGUAUUUCAGUGAUCAACUCGCUAAGGACUAGUAUCGACAACUGCUACAUCGCCCAUUUUACCAGCAAUGGAAUUUUAGGCCAAGGUGGGCACGAGACUUAUAUCAGGAACUCUUUCCUCGGUCAGCAUAUCACGGCCGGUGGCGAUGCGGGUGAACGGAACUACACCGGCACUGCCAUUAACCUGAUGGGGAACGAUAACGCCGUGACGGACGUGGUGAUCUUUUCGGCCGCCAUCGGAAUAAUGGCAUCAGGUCAAGCCAACACCUUUUCCGGGGUACAUUGUUACAAUAAGGCAACGGGUUUCGGUGGCACGGGGAUUUACUUGAAGCUGCCCGGUCUCACGCAGACCCGGAUAGUGAAUUCUUACCUCGAUUACACCGGAAUCGUGGCCGAAGACCCGGUGCAACUUCACAUCUCCAGCAGUUUCUUCCUGGGAGAUGCAUUUAUCCUCUUGAAAUCAAUAAACGGGGUUGCGAAUGGAGUGAGUAUAGUGGACAACAUGUUCAGUGGGUCCAAUAAUGGGGUUGAAAUAGUCCAGCUUGACCAAUCAAAUGGUCCCUUCAAACAAAUCGAUCAGGUCGUAGUCGAUAGGAACAAUGCCAAGGGGAUGAGCAUGAAAUCAACGGUUGCAAGAGGGUCCGUUGAAGGGAAUGGCAGUUCCUGGACGGUUGAUUUCAAUCCCGUGCUUUUAUUUCCUAACCUGAUUAAGCAUGUGCAGUAUUCACUAAGCUCUAGCAGGGGCGGCUCAUUUCCCAGUCACGCCCUGCGUAAUGUGUCGGAAAAUCGAGUCGUGAUUGAGUCGGAUGUCGCCGUUCCGGCAAAUGUUUUCGUCACGGUGGAUCAAGCUUAACCUCCUCCUCCUCCUCCUAUUAUUAUUACUAAUAUUAUUUGACAAUUGUGAAUAUGGGCUGAAAGCUCAAAUCAAUUCAAACAUAAAUCAGCUUAAGGGAUAAACAUUUAGCAAUUGUUU